AUGGGGUCGAGGAGGCAUGCGCGAAGGGAAGCAAAUCCAGAACAAACAAAGCGUGCACCUAGAAAUUCUGGGAUUCAUAAGAGGUAUAGACUAUCCCCCGAAUUAGCCAAAUUAAUUGGUAGUAAUGAACCCGAGACACGGUACAACGUAGUCAAAUUAAUAUGGAUUCAAAUCAAGGAAAGAAAACUCCAAGACCCGGAAGACCCUGCCUACAUCGACUGUGACGAAGAAUUUGAGAGCGUGACCGGGAUGGUGCGCCUUAAAGGCUUCACCAUCAUGAAGCAUUUGAACUCCCAUUUUCUGGACUAG